AUGAUGAAAAUAACUCUUGUACUUUUAAUUUUCUUUCUCUUCAAGAGUGUGGUAGUAUUAUCACAAGAUUUCCCACCUUCAGAACUUACAUCAAUUCAAUGGAUACUUAUUCAAUAUGGUAUUAAUAUACCCCAAGAUACAACAUCGAUAUGUAAUUCACCGGGAGGACAGGUAACAUGUACUGCUGGUACCCCUAGACAUGUUAAAACAAUUAAUUUAGCACCUAGUAGUACUGUAUCAUUGGGAUUGCCACCAACUAUUACUCAAUUUGAUUUCCCAGAGAUUACAGAUCUAACCAUUAAACCAUAUGGAUAUUAUGGUGAUUCAUCAAAGAAUAUAUUAAAUUUUAUUAAAAAUGGCUUACCAAAAUUAAAGACUUUAACUAUUCGAUCAGAUUCAUCAGUUGCUACUAUACCAACAAAUAUAUUUGAUGGUUUACCAAGGUUGAUCAAGGUUGAAUUUGAAAGUCUUACACCUCAAACCAUUUCACCCUUUUUCACUGGAUCACAAUCCUUGGAAAUAAUGUCAAUAUCGUCAACGACUCUACACUCAUUUGUAUUGGACCAAAACACAUCGCAGUAUCCAAAAUUGUCGGUAUUGACAUUUAAUCAAUUGAGACCAACAGUAGAAUUGACUUGGAAUUUGUCAAAUCAGUCUUUUCCACAAUUAAAAGAGUUUACUCUCACUACGAUAGGAUUAUUAUCACAAAAGGUGAACCUUUAUAUUGGUAAUAUUCCACAGCUUAAAAAAAUAGUUGUAUCAUCGUCUCUUCGACCAAUUAGUGUGUUUGUGAACGCAACUGAAAAUAUUUCAUCUCUUACUUUAUCAGGAGAAGAAACAACUAUUUCACCUUCAUUAAAUGGAUUUAAAAAUUUAACUUAUUUGUAUUAUUCACUCUAUCCAAAUACUACACUUCAACUUGAUGAAUAUCCAGACUCAUUAAAUUAUUUGGGAUUGUCUCAAUCUCAACUGACACAAUUUCCAAAUCUCCCAAUUAAAAAUCUCCUUGAAAUUAACAUUCCAAAUAGUGCGCUUCAAGGUGAAAUUCCAUGGAACCAAUUCCAAGGUGCAAAUAAUUUCUAUUUGGUAGUAAAUGGUAAUCCUGGACUCGUAACACAGGUUCCUUUAUCAUUUUGUAACAACAGAUUAAAUAUCCUUGGAUGCACUGGUAUAACCGUUCUUCCAGAAUGUUUUCUUUGUUAUACAAAAAAUACUAAUCUCAUUUCAACAGAUAUUGUUCCAGCUGCUGGUUUUAAUUGCAAUAUUACUUUUAAUUCAAAAUUUAUUUAUACUCAACUUGGACAAGCCUUUAUCAAUGGUACAAAUAUUGGAGUCGGUAACGUUUAUUCAGGCCCUGCAAACAGAUUUCAUCUUGGUGUUGUAGUACCAAACAAAUAUUUAAAGUUAACAGAUUCUCUUCCUCAAAGUGGACCACCAACUGAUAUAACUUUAAAGAUUGAUACUAAUUACCCAGAGUAUGAUACUGUUUUCACCCUACUCGAGGUUGGUAUAUUGAUGACUGGUGUAUCCAUUCGACAAAAGCCAACAGGGAUUAUUCAAUUUUCUGGUUAUGUUGAUAGUGCCAACAAUUACCUCGGACACACCGUCAAGCUAAAUGACACUAUUGACUGUACCCUUACUGCACCCAUUCUUUCUAAAACCAUUUUAACUUGCAAUACAACCUAUCCAUUCAAAAAGGGUGACACUGUGAAAUACUUUAUUUCAAAUUCUUAUGUCAAUGUAACCAAAUUUGUUCCCAUUGAAGAACUAUAUCCUCACAGUCUUGCUAUGAUGUAUUUGGAUCAACCAGUCAAAGUUGGCUCCAAUUACCUCUUCUCAGGAAGUUUUGGAACGACUUCAUUUAAUCAAGUCAAGGUUUAUAUCAAUGGUAAUUCAUCCUUGUGUACUGUAACAAACUAUCUAUCGACUCAAAUAGCUUGCGCUCAAACCGAUAUUUAUUCUGGUGGAAGAACAAAUUUUACAAUCACUGUAGAUGGAUUCCCAGCCACCAUUAUACAAGAAAUCGUCUCACAACAAAUGGAUUGUACAGAUACCAACAAAUGUGGUACUCAUGGAUCAUGUAAUGAAAAUGGAAAUUGUGUAUGUGAUAUUGGUUAUUAUUCUGAAAAUUGUACUGUUGGUAUUGAAUAUGAUUUAAAUAAUAGAAGUUUGAUUAAUAUUCAUGGUGAUUUUGGUCCAUAUGGCCAAUUGGAGGUUUCAAUUACACUUAAUAAUACAUUGAAUUGUUCGGUCACAUCAAAAUCACAAACAGAAAUCAAUUGUACAUUGGCAACAGAACCAAGUGAUGGUUUGGCAUCGGUUCAAUUAACUGUUGAUAAAUCAACAAACGCCAACAGAAAUAAUUAUAUUUAUUUCAGACCACCACAAUCACCAGACUCUCAAUCAUGUCCCAAUAAUUGUUUUGGUCAUGGAAGAUGUAUGAAUGGUAAAUGUCAAUGUGAUAUUGGAUACAAUCCAAUUGAUAAUUGUCUCACCAAAGAAAGUAAUCACACCAACACACCAAAUACAACAUCACCAACAACAUCAUUUAAUGUUGAUGGAAUCGAUUUCCAAUUUGAAAUGGUUGCCAUACACGAACUCGAUAGUGAUGAUAACAUUAUCAAAGAAGUAUUAACCAACCAAUGGAAUUCAACAAUUAUCAAUGACACUCAAACACAAACAACAACGGUCAACUAUCAACUCAACAACCGUAUGACAACAUCACAAGUAAUAGCCACAAUAUCAUUCUCAUCACAAGCAAGAGACAUUCAAUUUGGAAACCAACAACUUUCCAUCACAGCCAACUCUAUUAAAUUGUCAGUCAACAUCAGCGAUUGGACAUACGACUCAUUUUUAUCAACACUCCGAGUUGUAUUUAAAACAACAAUCAACAAUGAUCAAUCAAUUGAAUAUGAUUGUCAAGAUGUCAAUAUCGAUACAUUGACGUAUGACCAACUCUCAAACAACAUUCAAUAUCUCAGAGUUGUCAAAGAUAAUAUUCAAUUCACAGGUCGAUUUGUUGAUUAUGUAUUAUCAGAUGGUAGACCAACAUUUUCAAAAACAUCACUCAUCAACAGAACCACCAACACAGGAGAUGAUAGUCAAUCUAUUAUUUUGAUUGGGAUCAGUACACCACAAUGUACUCAAUGUAUAUUGGAUCCUGAUUUCGCACCAUUACUAAUUGACAAGAGCAAGAGUGAUGAAUGCUCGGACAAUAAUAAUAAUUGGAGAAUCAUUGUUGGUGCUGUCGUUGGAGUAGUUGGUGCUGUUGCCAUCAUUACUGCUUCUGUCUUGUUGGUUAAAAAGAAGAUUAAAACUAAAAAUUAUAAUAGAGACAUGAAAGCUAAAUUAGAAAGAUUUAAUUAA